GCAAACUCGUGUCAUCGCGCCUUUGCACUUUUCUUUUUUGAGUUGUUUGACAUUUCUCGGUGCUUUUUGAUUUCUCGCUGUUGUUGGGUGCUUUUUGGUUUGUUUUCACCUUUUAUUCAUUUGCUUAUUCUUUUGACGCUAACUCUUAGGCAGCCAGCCCAGGAGCCCCAGGUCCGGGCAGCCGUGCUCUGCGCCCCGGAGCAGCGCAGCGGGGACCGCAGCUGACCCCCAUCACCAGCCCGACACGGGGCGCACCGGGGCAGGACAGCCCGAGGCCGGGGGCAAGCAGGGCGCCCGGGCCCGGCGCGAGGAGCCGGGCUUCCCGCGGUGGCCGGGCCACCAUGCUGAAGAUGGCUAUGAAGCUCAAAGCCCGAGUGGCCGCGGAGAGCGAGAGGAAGACAGCCGCGGCGGCUGCCGAGGUGGCUGCCGAAGCUGCCGCGGCGGCUGCGGCGCUGGCCGGGCAGGAAGAGCCCCUCGCCCCGAGGAAGCGCGGGGACCCCGAGAAGACCGCAAAGAGCGCGAAGCCCCCGAAGAGCGCGGCGCGGGAGGUGCCCCCCGAAAAGUUCCCCACCGAAAAGGAGCGCAGGAAGAUCGAGAAGAAACUGCUGGAGCAGAGGAGAAAAGAAGAGAAGAAGAGGGAGAAGGAGAUGAAGAAGUUGGAGAAGAUGCUGAGGAAGAAGAUGAAGAAGGUGCCACAAGCCCGGGAGGAGGCCCGAGGCCCCGCGGCCGGCGCCGCCGCCGCCGCCGAAGACGAGGGCGCCGAGGAGGGCGCCGCCGGGGGCGCCGAGGGCGCCGCCACCGGGGGCACGAGUAGGGCCUGGGCCGCGUGGGACACGGACUCGGGAGACGAGGACGACGCGUACUACGCAGCGCCACGCGUCGGGGGCGUCGUGUGGCGGCCCGGGCCGGCCAAGGCUGGCGCGCUGAGCGCCCACCUGCCCCUCGUGGUCUUCCUGGUCUUCUCGGUGCGCAGCCCCUCGUGGGUGCUCAACUUCCUGCUGCAGAAGCGCACGGAGGAGGGCCGCGGCUGCGGCUUCGUGUUCGGGGCGACCUGCUGCUUCCGAGUGUUCCUGGGCUGCGCCUUCUUCUCCUUCUUGAGCGGCCGCGCCAAGCGCAGAGGCCGCGCGCGCUCCGGGGCCGGCGGCGCCUUCGGCUCGGGCCAUGG